UGCCGCACCUGCUGCAGCCACACUGCCGCACACGUAAGGAAAAUAAAUUUCUUGAAUUAGCAAAAUGCCGAAAAAGAAAACGGGGCAGCGCAAAAAGGCCGAGAAGCAGAAGCUGCGGCUCAAGGAGAUCCGCAGCAGAGAGACCCCGUUGGCGGAUGUGCCCUGCAACGCGCCGAUGGAGUGCGACAAGUGCGAGAAGAAGCAAAAGUCGCGGGCCUUCUGCUAUUUCUGCCAGAGCCUCCAGCGACUGCCCAUUUGCGCCCAAUGCGGCAAGAUCAAGUGCAUGCUGAAGACCGGCGACUGUGUGGUCAAGCAUCCCGGGGUGUACACCACCGGCCUUGGGAUGGUGGGCGCCAUCUGCGACUUCUGCGAAGCGUGGGUGUGCCACGGACGCAAGUGCCUGCAGAAUCACGCCUGCACGUGUCCGCUGCAGAAUGCAACCUGUUUGGAGUGCGAGCGGGGCGUUUGGGAGCACGGCGGACGCAUCUUCAAGUGCUCCUUUUGCAACGGAUUCCUGUGCGAGGACGACCAGUUCGAGCACCAGGCCAGCUGUCAGGUGCUGGAGUCGGAGAACUACAAGUGCCAGUCGUGCAACAAACUGGGUCAGUACUCCUGCCUGCGCUGCAAGACCUGCUACUGCGAGGAUCAUGUGCGCCGCAAGGGCUUCAAGUACGACAAGAACAAGGCCAUUCCGUGCCCCAAAUGCAACUACGACACCUCGGUGACCAAGGACCUCAGCAUGUCCACGCGUUCGCAUAAGUUUGGACGCCAGCAACAGGGUGGCAAUAGCGAUGACGAGGAGGGAUAUGGUGGCUACUUUGGAGCCAGUGGAAGCGGUGGUGGUGGCUAUUAUGGCGGUGCAGCCAGCGGAGGCUACUCCUACGGCGGUGAUGAUGAUGACGAUGAAUCCGAUGGGGAUUACGAGGAUGAGAGCGAUGAAGACGAUGAUGAUGAUGAUGAUGAAGACGAGGAUGAGACCACGGAAAGUGAGCCAGAGAAGGAAACCGGCAAGAAGGCCACUAAAUGAGGCUGAUUUUGUUUAUGUCUUGCUCUUUUGUUAGAAGACCCACUAAGUAAGUUGCUCUCAAUGUAAUAGUGAAAUAAAUUCUUUGUCAGAUUGAAGAGCUGCCAAAGAGUACCAAUUCUGUAAAA